AGGAGGUGGGGGGAAACCUCAAGCUCGGCGGCUGCCAUUUCCCAGGGCAGAAGGCGGGAAGGCGAUGAGGAGGAGACAGGGGAGGAGCGCGCCGGAGCCGGAGAGCUCCAGCCGCCGCCGACACCUCCUGCUCCUCCUCUCCCAGGCUGGAGAGCCGACGAGUAGCGAGCUGCGCGGCUCCGGAGCAAUGGCCGCGUUCCCCGGCGGCAGCGGAGUGUCGUGGCCGCGCUCGCCGCCCGGCGCGGCUCUCGCCACGGCUUUGGGAUGGGAGCCGCUGCCGGGGCUGCAGAUCCGCUCGCGCUCCGUGGAGCAGACGCUGGUGCCGCUCGUGGCGCAGAUAACCACCCUCAUUAACCAUAAGGAUAAGCCAAAGAAGUCAGACAAGACUUUGAGAGCAGUCCAGCAAGUGGGCCAAUCCGUAAAACUGGCUGUUGGGAGAUUCGUCAUGGUAGGCGAAGCUAUAGCCAAUGAAAACCAAGAGUUGAAAGAGGAAAUGAAGGUUGCCUGCACUGAGGCAAAGCAAGCAGGUGAGACAAUAGCACAGCUUACAGAUGUAGCUACCAUGGACCAUCCAGAAUCUGAUGGCCAGAUAACAAUUUUCACGGACAAAACAGGAGUGGUAAAGGCUGCAAGACUGUUGCUUUCUUCAGUGACUAAAGUGUUGGUGUUGGCCGACAGAAUAGUUAUUAAGCAAAUUAUAACUUCUAGAAACAAGGUCCUUGUAACAAUGGAACAGCUAGAGAGAGUGAGUAGUUUUCAGGAAUUCGUGCAAAUAUUCAGUCAGUUUGGAAAUGAAAUGGUGGAGUUUGCCCAUCUAACUGGAGACCGACAAAACGAUCUGAAAGAUGAAAAGAAAAAGGCCAAGAUGGCAGCAGCAAGGGCUAUUCUCGAGAAAUGUACCAUGAUGCUUCUCACUGCUUCCAAGACCUGUUUAAGACAUCCUGACUGUGAAUCAGCACGUGUAAACAAAGGAGCCGUGUUCCACAGGAUGAGACUAGCUUUGGAGCAGGUAAUAGAGAUCGUAACAGACUCUCGACCCAGUGGAGAGAAUGAACCAGGCCCAGUGAGCAUCUAUACUGGCAUCAAGGAAUUCAAGAAUAAGGUGGAAGGAUUGCGGGAGAAUCUUUACCUUCUGUCAAAGGAAAAUCUUCGGGCAAUGCUGCGUGUUGUCCUCGAGCACACAGAGGAUUUUACUGAUUCUGCUUAUACUAGCCAUGAGAAUAGAGAGCGCAUCUUGGAACUGUCCAAGCAAGGAAAGAUGGAACUGGAGCAGCUGGUGUCAGCGUGGAUGUAUGCUCAAAGUCAGAGGAAAAAAGACGUCACGGAAGACCUGGAAGUAGCGAUAUUAAAAAUGUGUCAAUGUAUGACCGAGCUUCAGAGAGAACUUCACAGCGCAGCAACAUCUGUCGCAGCAGACGUGAUAAAAUACCAUUCUGACCACCUCAUUUUGAAAGCUCUGAAAAUCUGCGGGACAGAAGGAAACAUAGAGGCAGUUGCAGAACACAGCUGUAAGCUCUCUGAGCAGAAAGAACAGUUGAUUGAAAUAUGUCAUUUAUUGAGGCAUGUCUCCGGAACAGAGCCACUCGAAAUUACUUGUCUACAUGCAGAAGACACUUUUCACGUGACGGGGCCUCAGAUAAUUUCUGCUGCAGAAACCCUGACUUUGCAUCCUUCCAGCAAGAUUGCAAAAGAAAAUCUGGAUGUGUUCUGCGAAGCCUGGGAGUCACAGCUGACUGACAUGUCCUUGCUCUUAAGAGAAAUCAGUGAUGUGUUUGAAGGAAGACGAGGCGAGAAGCGUGUGUACCUGUCACUGCCCAGGCCAGGGAAGCAUAAUGCAAAUAUGAAAGCCUUAAAGCCGGUCAGGCUUGAUAGUGAGGAGCAAAUGAAACUUGGGAAGCUAGGCUUAGAACUGCAUAAACUGACGACGCGCGUCGACUCUGAGAUGGAGAAGUGGGAUGAUCCUGAAAACGAGAUUUUACGGCAUGGGCAAGGCCUGUCUAGCAUGGCCUAUUCUAUGUUCUUAUUUACAAGAGGGGAAGGGCUGCUGAAAACCACUCAGGAUUUAUUUCAGCAGUCAGAGGCCUUUGCUGCAGAAGGACUAAAGCUCGCCUCAGCUCUCCUUGCGUUUUCUAAUCAGCUGGAAGAUGAUGACAAGCCAUUGGUUCUACAGGAGAUUGACAAAAUGGUCCCUGCUUAUCAGCAGCUUCAGGUAACAGCCAAAACCCCUGUUCAGGGUAAAACUGCAACUUUCACAAAGGUGGAUGCGUGUAUUCACAAAGCAAAGUAUAUUCUCGAUCUGCUGGCCCAAGUUCUUCCACUUAGCUGCAGGCUACUAAGAAAGCACAGAGGAGGAAAUGACUAUUUUAGAGCACAUCAUCCUUGGAGAGAGAAUGGCGUGCAUACAGUAGCAAGAGAAAGUGGUGGCCUGGCUGAGAGAACAGACGCCUUUGGGAUAAAAUCCUUGGAACAACACGUAGCAUACCUCAGUGUUUUGGAGAACAAACCGUUCUAAGGCGCUUUUUGGGAACAAAAAGAUUUCCAUAUGAGAGUUUGUACACUAAGCCUCUCCUAAUUGCUUUCUUUUGAGAAAGGUGAACCCAGGAUAGAAAAAAGCUAUUGUAACCUUUUCACAUCUAAUAGAUGUCAUGGUACUUGGCAGUUAACAAAAGCAACGCACAGCUUUAAUGGCUGCAUAUUUUUGUAAAAUGAAUACGUUUUUGUUCACUAUUAAUAUGUACCACUAUUUUUGUAAUCACGUACAUUUAUGAUUGUCUUACUCUACAACCCCAAAGAUGCUGCUAUAGAUCUUUAUGCACAUGAACUGGAUAGUCUUUUGAUAUGCUACAUUGGGGGGGGGAACUACUGGUAUUUUGUUGUUUGUUUAAUAGUCACCACUAAGGACCCUGGUCUGAAAAUAAGUAUUGUGGAAGAAUGUUUUUGAAAAGGGAGUUAAAAAGAAUCUACCCCCCUCCCUCCUAAAGUGACCUGCCAACAAGUUCUGUUGCCACAGAUACCACUUUUACCUUGAGAGGAGGAGGGGAAAGAGGCAGGCAUACUCUUUAGGGGCAAGAUUUGGUCCCAAGGACUCCAAGCUGCUGAUUUCUUCUGAAAGCAUUUGUUAGUUACAAUAAAGCUUUAAGGAUAAAAGCCUUCUGAAAGCCUCACUUUAAAAACAAACAAAACACCAAAUUUAGCAACUUGCAAGGCUAAAAAUAAAGGUUUUCAUUAGUGCUGAUGAAGCCAACUAGUUAAGAGCUUGUGUUUGUCUUGCUUGUUUUUAUAGUACGCUCACAUAGCCAGUAAAAUUUGUGUAGUAUGCUCCUAAGCAAUGUUAUCAGAAAUUAGGGAGUUUAGGGAGACUUCAUUCCCUAGUGAGUGAGCUUAGGACUGCAGCUUUAAGUGUAAAAUUUGAUCCUCGUUUUAGGUAGCUAACAAAGGUUAUAUAAUUCCACUACAAAGAGGGCAUUACUUGUUUUGUAGAAACUAAACAUUCUUCAUUCUUCUUUGAGAUGUAUGUAUGUAUGUUUGCUGUAGUUAUUGAAGUGCUUUGGUUUGAAGUCUCGCUAUUAUUCAACCCCUAUUUAGAGUCCUGCAAACCUGAGAAACUUAGGCAAUGACUGAUGUGGCUG